GGCGGCGCUGUGCCCGCGCCCCUGCGCGAUGCAGUGUGGGAAUGGCUGUGGCGCUGGGGUUGGCUGAAAGAGGCGGCCAGUCGAGGUUUAAUGUCCGCCAUGUUGGCCGUGGCGUAUUGAGCAGAGCCGGAGCGGCAGAGAAGAGAAGCCAGCGCCCAGCCCAGCCGCGCCAGCCGGCGCCGCCGGGCCCCGCGUCGGAGUGCGCCCCGCCCCGCUGGGGGAGCCCCGGUCCCUCCAUGAGAGCGCUCGGCGGGGUCCGGCUCUCAGCUCGGAGCGCUCUCACUGCCGCCCCCCCCUCCCCAGUCGGAGCCGCCAUCGCUGCCUAACAUGAGCAAACUGUCGUUCCGGGCCCGGGCGCUGGACGCGUCCAAGCCGCUGCCCGUCUUCCGCUGCGAGGAUCUGCCCGACCUGGCCGAAUAUGCCUCCAUCAACCGGGCUGUGCCGCAGAUGCCCACGGGCAUGGAGAAGGAAGAGGAGUCGGAACAUCAUCUUCAGCGAGCUAUCUCGGCACAACAGGUAUAUGGAGAGAAGAGGGAUAAUAUGGUUAUACCGGUCCCAGAGGCAGAAAGUAAUAUUGCUUACUAUGAAUCUAUAUAUCCUGGGGAAUUUAGGAUGCCAAAGCAGCUCAUUCAUAUACAGCCUUUUAGUUUGGAUGCUGAACAGCCGGAUUAUGACUUGGAUUCAGAAGAUGAGGCCUUUGUGAAUAAAUUGAAGAAAAGAAUGGACAUCUCUCCUUUGCAGUUUGAGGAGAUGAUAGACAGGCUAGAAAAGGGCAGUGGUCAGCAGCCAGUCAGCCUGCAGGAGGCCAAACUGCUUCUGAAGGAAGAUGAUGAAUUAAUUAAAGAAGUGUAUGAGUACUGGAUUAAAAAGAGGAAAAAUUGUCGAGGUCCCUCUCUUAUCCCAGCAGUAAAACAAGAGAAGCGAGAUGGUUCCAGCACAAAUGAUCCUUAUGUUGCUUUUAGAAGACGAACAGAAAAGAUGCAGACUCGAAAAAAUCGAAAGAAUGAUGAAGCAUCUUAUGAAAAGAUGCUUAAAUUGCGUCGAGAUCUGAGUCGUGCAGUAACUAUCCUAGAGAUGAUAAAGAGAAGGGAAAAAAGCAAGAGGGAGUUAUUGCAUUUAACACUGGAAAUUAUGGAAAAGAGGUAUAAUUUGGGUGACUACAGUGGAGAGAUCAUGUCUGAGGUUAUGGCACAGCGGCAGCCAAUGAAACCUACCUAUGCCAUCCCCAUCAUUCCUGUUACAAAUAGCAGUCCAUUUAAGCAUCAAGAAGCCAUGGAACUGAAGGAAUUCAAAGUUAACAAGCAAGAGAAAGCUGAUGUUAUAAGACCCAAAAGGAAAUAUGAGAAAAAGCCCAAAGUCUUACCUUCAUCUGCUGCUGCUACUCCUCAACAGACGAGUCCUGCUGCACUGCCAGUCUUUAAUGCUAAAGAUCUGAAUCAGUAUGAUUUCCCCAGCUCAGAUGAAGAACCUCUUUCCCAAGUUAUGUCUGGUUCCUCUGAAGCUGAGGAAGAAAAUGAUCCUGAUGGUCCUUUUGCUUUCCGUAGGAAAGCAGGUUGUCAGUACUAUGCUCCUCAUUUAGAUCAGACUGGCAACUGGCCAUGGAGUAGUCCUAAAGAUGGAAGAUUAGGAGAUGUCCGCUAUAGAUACUGCUUAACCACGCUCACUGUACCCCAAAGGUGUAUUGGGUUUGCACGAAGACGGGUUGGGCGUGGCGGAAGACUGUUACUGUUGAUAUUGGGAAAGGCUUUUACCACUCCAGAGCUAAGGGUGCUACUGGACAGAGCGCAUUCAGACUACAACAGUACGUUUCGCCAGCUGGAUUUGGAAAUGCUUUCCUCAACUCAACACUCUUCAAUCAGUCAAGUUGCCAAUACCUCAGAAACAAAUACCUCGGACAAAUCUUUCUCUAAAGACCUCAGUCAGAUACUAGUCAAUAUCAAAUCAUGUAGAUGGCGGCAUUUUAGGCCUCGGACACCAUCGCUACAUGACAGUGACAAUGAUGAACUCUCCUGUAGGAAAUUAUACAGGGGUAUAAAUCGAACAGGCACAGCACAACCUGGGACCCAGACAUGCAGUACCUCUAUACAAAGUAAAAGUAGCAGUGGUUCAGCACACUUUGGUAUUUGGAGGUCACCUUACCCUACUUGUCAAAGACUGGAGGGCCCUAACUACAGACAUAUGGAUAUUAGAAGAGGCUAUCUACUCGAGUUUCUGACCACUGCUUUUCACAAGCCCACUUCCUGGUUCCUUUCCAGGGACCACUCUUGCAAGGAGAUUUUUACAACAGGAGCAUUUACAGCCGAACAAUACCAGCAACAUCAACAGCAACUGGCACUAAUGCAGCAACAGCAGUUUGCACAAAUUCAUCAACAGCAAGCAAAUAGUAAUUCCUCUGCCAACACUUCACAGAACCUUGAAACUAACGAACAGGAAAGUGGCUUUCGCCUGAAUCUACAUCAUAGCCAUUCUGUAAAGUGUUUAGAAGGGACACUGCAGGGUU